GGGAAAAGGAGGGAACCCUAUUCCUGGAAGACUGAGCUGUAUCCCUGGGAGAACUCUAUUCCUGGAAGACUGCAACAGCGUUUUCCUGAGCUGUAUCCCUGGUCGACAGUAUUUCCUGAUGUGGCCUAACAGGAUUACUUCCCUAGGCUGUAAAAAUUCCCGUGCAUUCGACAGAGAGUGAGAGACCGCGGAUAGAGAAGGAAGGAAAGAAGGAAAGCUUUGCGGUAGGAUAGCUGGAAGACAACCCUGAGAUUAAAGGACAGAUCUGAGGGUUGGCCAGGGUUCACCUCCGAUGGGUGGGCAGGUGAGCACUUCCAGCAGCUUCUCCAACCUGCGCUGCAGAAAUGCCAACGAGGACUGGAUGUCGACACUGUGUCCCCGGCUCUGGGAUGUGCCCCUCCACCACCUCUCCAUCCCAGGGAGCCACGACACCAUGACCUACUGCCUGAACAAGAAGUCCCCCAUUUCGCACGAGGAGUCCAGGCUGCUGCAGCUGCUGAACAAGGCCUUCCCCUGCAUCACACGCCCCAUAGUGCUGAAAUGGUCCAUCACCCAGGCGCUGGACGUCACGGAGCAGCUGGACGCCGGGGUGCGGUACCUGGACCUGCGGAUCGCUCACAUGCUGGAAGGCUCGGAGAAGAACCUGCACUUCGUCCACAUGGUGUACACAACGGCCCUGGUGGAGGACACGCUCACGGAAAUCUCGGAGUGGCUAGAGCGGCACCCACGUGAGGUGGUCAUCCUGGCCUGCAGGAACUUCGAGGGGCUGACCGAGGACCUGCACGAGUACCUGGUCGCCUGCAUAAAGAAUAUUUUCGGGGACAUGCUGUGUCCUCGUGGGGAGUUGCCGACGCUGCGGCAGCUGUGGUCCCGGGGCCAGCAGGUCAUCGUCUCCUAUGAGGACGAGAGCUCCCUGGGCCGGCACUGCGAGCUGUGGCCAGGAAUCCCCUACUGGUGGGGAAACACGGUGAAGACCGAGGCCCUCCUCCGAUACCUGGAGACCAUGAAGAGCUGUGGCCGCCCAGGAGGGUUGUUCGUAGCCGGCACCAACCUCACGGAGAACCUGCAGUACGUUCUGGCACACCCGUCCGAGUCCCUGGAGAAGAUGACGCUGCCCAACCUUCCCCGGCUGAGCGCGUGGGUCCGAGAGCAGCGCCCGGGGCCGGGCUCACGGUGCACCAACGUCAUCGCGGGCGACUUCAUUGGAGCGGACAGCUUCGUCGGGGACGUCAUCGCUCUCAACCAGAAGCUGCUUUGGUGCUGACGUGGGGGUUCAGGACGCGGGGGCUGAAGUUUCACCCCCAACUUUCCAAGUAUCGUGACUUUGUUGGGGCCAAAUAUUGGGGAUCAUAGGACCGAUAAUA